GACAUCUCCCUGCCCCAGUACCGGCCGCAGGAGAUGACGGUGCCCUACAAGCUGCGCGACAUCUUCUGCUGGAACCUGCACGAGACGCUCAUCACGACGGACCAGUUUGCGCAGACGCUGGCCCAGGACCUGGACCUGCCCAACCGGCCGGCCGUCAUUGCGGAGAUUAGCAAGCAGAUCCGGACGCAGCUGGAAGAGUAUGCCGGCGUUGCCCUGCACCCGCUCUUCCACACCGAGGCACCUGCCGGAACCCCGAGGCCCAGCAUAUUCAAGUCCCGCGACGACUCGCCCGCUUCGUUUGCGAGGGGCGUGUCUCGGCCUGAGACUCCCAUACAGACGGGUGGCCAGGCGACGCCGACACCGCAGCCGCAGACAUCGCAGGCACCCGACGUCACAGCCGAAGCCACUCCUAUCCUGCCUGAUUCUGACGACUACAACCCCGACGACACUUAUCGAUGCAUCAUCAACCUGAGUCUCAACCUCUCCUCCAUGCUGUACACGGACAAGUUUGAGUGGUCGCUUCUCCACCCCCCGGGCACUGCCGAGGCAUUUGCAAAGGCAACUUGUGCCGAUCUGGGACUGGCGGGCGAGUGGGUUCCGGCAAUGACACAUGCCAUCUACGAGGCGGUCCUUCGCCUCAAGAAGGAAGCCUGCGAGGCUGGAGGCCUUGUGGGAGGCUGGGGCGGAGCGCAGCAGGAGCUGCCAAACGACGCCGCACAUGGCCAAGAGGCUGGCUGGAGGUACGACCCCGACCACCUGGCUGAUGAGUGGGAGCCCAAGGUCGAGUUCCUCAGCAAAGAAGAGAUGGAGAAGCGGGAGGGCGACCGCGAGCGGCAGAUUCGUCGGCUGCGGCGUGAGACGGCGCGAUUCAGCUCGACCACCGGCAUGAUGGGAGGCACUCCUUUCGGUGCGGGCACGGCCGUCGAGGCCGAGGAAGAACGAAUGGGCAGAGGCGAACGGUCCAAGAAGAAGCGACGGUUCCGCAGCCUAAGUCCCCUCGCCCGCGGCGGAACUCCGCUGGGGCGACUGACGCCAGACGUGGGCGGAUACGGUGGAGGAGUAGGGGCCCUGACGGACAUGGAGAGAAUGACCUGGCGAUGCUCGCACUGCCGUACGUGGGGGACGAGCGUCUGGGCGGUCCGAGACGGCCCUGCCGGCCCCAAGGUGAGUUCUUCUGUUCUCAACAUUCGAUGGUGGAAUCCAAACUAA